UAGCCCCUGUUUGGCAAGGCUAGACACCCAUUUCUACUUGUUGUAGCUUCUGCGCUUGCUAAUGCUUUGUACUUUUACCAGCCAUUCACAAACUAAUAAUGUCGUGUUCUGAUGGGUCUCAAUCGGGCCCUGCAUUCGACUCCCCGAGCAGUAACAGCAACCUUGGCCGCCAAGGAGGCAGCAGGAAUGGGGCUUGGGCAGGAGACGCCAGCAGCUCCAGCACUCCUUCGCCUUCAUCUGUGCCGGUGAGCACCCCACCUAGCCAGCAGCAGCCGCAGCGGUUUAGGGGCGAGAUGUCUAUCCUCGAUGUCUCUAUUGUAUCAUUCGCCCAGUACACGUUUGUUAGCCGAGAGCGUGCGAUUAAUGGACCGCAGCCAAUCGAGCCGCCAGUCGAGACUCCCAGGACGGAAAACACAUUAGAGGACACGCUAACCACAAACCUCGUUAUAUCUGGCCAUGCACCAUUGGCACAGGACGAGAGAGUGCGCGAGUUUACGGAGGACCGAGAUAACCGGCGGCUGGCAGUGAUUGCCAAGCGGCUGCUGUUGCCCGACUCGUACAUCGAGGCGUGCUAUGAUCUGCACAGAUUUCUUGCGCUGCAUCCAACGCUGGAGAUCGAGUCUGUGCAGCGCAACCUGUUCAAGUGCUUGAAGGUCUGCGCACGGUUGUCGAAGCUGCCGGGAUACAGCAUCCAGCUCAUGUGGCAAGUGAUUCAGCAGGCUCAUGAACGUGCUGACCAGUUUAUUCCUGAGCGUGCGGCGACUAUCAGGACAUGGUAUUUUAAGAUGACCAACCGUAUACGUCUGAUGGCUGUGUCGCCAGCAUCUGAUGGAUCGGCGCCACCACGUCUACCCUCAGUGCCUCCGCGUGCCCUAGUCGAGAUGCAUGAGCGCGACCGACUGCUGCCACUACCAGAGAUGAAUAUGUCGGCGCUGAACGACAAGCAGUUCGACAAGACCAGUGGCAUUUCGAGUGCUACACAGUAUCUUAAUAGCCCAUCGACAUAUGUUCCGACAUUGCCCCUUACAAGUGGCGAUGGAGAUAAUCAGGAGCCAGUAGAUUCUCUGACUGACGCAUCGCAGUCGACGUCUGAAGGUAACAUGGCGGCAUCAGAUCACACCGACGGACAACAGCCCAUAGCCCGUCCGCAAGAUUCGCCUACAUCGACACAGGAAACCGAAUUGGCGAUUAUUGAGAGCCAGCUGCGUGUGCUGGAGAACUACCCUUCCCACAGACUUGGUCCGAUGAUGCGCGCAGCGUUGAACCUUCUGGUCGAAAUGCGGUUCCGGCUGCAGCUUGGGCUGCCGCGCAAUGCAACCAGCAGCCCUUCUGCUGGUUCAUCCAGCCAAGCCCUGGCCGAUGCGCCGCAAACAGCAGCUACCACCAUACUGCAAAUGCCCAGCUCCCCUUCUGCUGGCGGAAGCGUUGGCUCGCCGAGUGGCUCAUCGUCGCAGAUGAGCACCCUGGUGCAAAAUUACGGCGUUGCAGGUGCGAUCGAUGGCAGGCCAGGGUCGUCUGAUGAAGAGCGUGUGAUCCAGCAUGUGCUGAGCCAAAUUUCAUAUUCACGUCGGCGGGAAAACGAGGGCCGGAUGAUGAUGAUGGCAUCGGCGCUGAGUCGAUUCAGUGCAGCGCGAGCACUCUUGAACAGAAGCCAUACCAUUGGCUCAACUAACACAAUAGAUGAGGGCGAGGACGACGACAGCGGGUCAGUUGUAACGGAGCAACUGCAACCAGAGUAUGCGCAUGGCCGGCGGCGCCGUCGGAGCAGCAGUGGCAGUGAAGGGUACACCUCGCCACCCAUGUCCCAAGGUAGCUAUGAUGACAAUGACAACGGCGAGGACAUUGAUGGCGAUGCAGUGUCUACACGUUCGGCAGCUGACUAUGGUGACAUGACUGAUGACAAUGUAACCGAGUAUCCGCCUGACCAUCACAGGGCCCGUCGCCGGCGCGAGUAUUGAUUGUAUCCAUCGUAUUGCGAGUGCGAAUGUAGAGAGCAAAAUGUAAAUUGGGCUGUGUUUGGAGAGAAAAAUGUGAAUAAAAUGAGGUG